CAACCGCUAAAGCCAUGCGCCAAGUGACAGCAGUGGCCGGGGGGGUUCAUUGCUGCGUCGGUCGACACAGCCCGCUGCUCAGAUGCGCUGCUAUGCUCAGGAAGCAAACAUUGAAUGCAAUACAUCUCUAAAGUAGUUUACAGCUCAGGAAACGCGGCGGUCUCAGCUCGGCCGUCAGCGACUGCUGCGGGAUUACUGGGGGGUUCAGGGGCAAGCAAGGAGCGGAGGGAGAUGCGCCUGGCCGUCGUGAAGCAGUGGGCUACUCUUCCCCACGUGCUGCUGGGUGCCCCGACAACACCAAGGGAACCCAGCGGUGUGGUGCUUGACGGCAACGGCCUGGUGGAGAGCAUUGUCUACGAGGACAAGCUGGCUGCGAAGCCCCUGCCGGAGGUAACCGAUAGCAACGGUAUUGGCAGGGCCUUGUGUUCGGCUGACCUGGACCCCCAGCCCACCGACCGAUUGAGGGUGUUGGACGAGAUGAAGCGCCUGUCGGGCGACGCCAUCAAGCUGUACAGCAUUGCCGGCCUGAGGGUGACGGCCGGCAAUGAUAUGUGUCGGCCGCGCAAGCCGGGUGAGACGCUGGUGCAAGCGUACGCGACUUUCGCGCGUGAGUCGCCGGUGUGGUGGGCUGACCUCGAGCGCCAGCUGCCGUGGCGGAUGCUGGACCUGACUGGGCAGCACGCUAUCAUUCGCGCGACAAAGGCGGUGGGCAGCACCGCAGAGGCCGCGUGGGUGGGCGCAGUCGGCCAGGUCCUGCCCACUGACCUCACCAUCGUGGUCCUAAAGUGAACGACCUGGACGCCAGGACCGGCACGGCGGCGGGGCCUCUGCAAACUGGUGUGUUUGCGGAGUUCGGCACGCCGCCUGCCAGGUUCGGAUACUCGCACUUUGUGCGGAUGCCUGCGCUAGACCGUGUCGCCCAAAUGGUCAAGGCGAUGGGCAGCCUGGGGGAGGUGACCAGGCAGCAAGUCGGGGGGCUGCGGAUGAUCCAGGAGGCAAAGGAGUCCGGCAGCAACAGUGCUGCCAAAAAGGCCGUACAUGCGCUGAAAGAUAUGGUGCAGGGCCUAGGGGCUCCUGAAGUACGCGGGGGUAGCGUGGCAUCGGUUGCUAGGUCGAGCAAGGAGGGUCCCUGGUACGAGGCAGUGUGCAAGUACCUGGGCUGGAGUACCGAGGGGCAGCAGGUGCAGGAACCAGCGGUGGGCAAACGCCGCGAAGGGGACUAGACUGCGGGAGACUUAGUAUGUGACGCGGGUGCGAGGGAGUGCUCGAGGUAGUGCCUGCCGCCAGAGGGCUUCUAGUAGCGCCCAGCGGCGUGUGCGGUGGCGUCAUGCGUGCACAAGCUUAGAAGCGCAAUAGCCAGGCGUACAUACGUAGUGGAUCGGGGCUCCUGCGUAUGCUGCUGUCUACUUGGUUGGAAAGGGAAGACGUUGCUUGACUACUGUGUAUGUGAUGCUGCGAUAGAUAGGGCUGCGGGUUGAGGUGUGCGUGUGGCUGGUCAUGAAGUUGCCAGGCUACGGCUGCUGGCGGGAUUAGUUAUUGACGAGUGUUGCGGAACUAAUGCGUACGUAGACCAGAGCGGAAGGCGGAGUGGGCUUGCAGGCGGCACGAGAGUAGGCAGUCAGUAGCGCAAGUUGCGAAUUCACAUGUUACCUCGUAACCGACGGUAAACGCG